AUGCGAGAUUUACUUGGUCGUAUUUAUACUGGCGUUAAAGGAAACAUUGCUGUCUAUAAUCCUGAUGUUAGGGCAGGAGACAGCUAUGGAUUUAUACAUAUCAGUAGCGGCACAGAAGGGAAUCUGAAUUCUAUCACGACGGGAUGGAUGGUUUCUCCAACUCGUUACAAUGGUAUUGUGCAUCCUUUUUUCUUUAUACAUUGGACAUCAGAUGGUUCAAGAGAAACGGGCUGCUUCAACCUUGAUUGCCCAGGUUUUGUUCAAAUUGACAGAACAAUUCAUCUUGCGGCAUCUCUAAGUAAUGUAUCCAUUCCUUACGGUCCUCAAUUUGAGAUUGAAGUCUUUAUUUAUAAGUAUGACGGGGAUGAUGGCAAUUGGUGGGUAAAAUACAGCGAUAUUAAUGUUGGAUAUUAUCCAGCAGAAAUAUUUAAUAAUUUCACUAAUCCUGGAAUUGUUGGUUGGGGAGGUGCUACUGUUGCUCCUAAUCCCCCAGCUGGAAUUUGCCCACCAUUGGGAUCUGGAAUAUUUCCAGAUGGCAAAUAUGAGCAUUCAUGUUCAAUUAGAUUGGUUCAGUAUUUAAAUAAUACAGGAAUUCGUGACCUUGAUGACCAUAGCUAUGAGAAAAUCAUUGAUAGUCCCGGCUAUUAUAACGUAAGGGAUCCUGAAUAUCGUGUGUUGCAAGGAUACACCUUUGAUUUUGGUGGACCAGGUGGAGACUGGUAAUUAAAAUAUUUUGUAACAAUUAUCUUUGCGAAAAUAAACUAGAAAGUUAUAGCUGCUCGUUCGGCUAUGACCAUU